GGCGCGGGCGGGUGCGGCGGCCGUGGCGCGCACAGGUGAUUGACUGGCGGGCCUGCUGAAGGGAACGCUUGGUCCUCUUGGCUGGCAGGUGGCGGAGCUCGUUUGGACGGCGGAGGCGGCGUCGGGGGCGCAGGCGGCCCCCUGGUUUGGAGAGUACUCCUUCCGCCAGGGCCAUGGCCCCUCGGCUGCAGCUGGAGAAGGCGGCCUGGCGCUGGGCGGAGACGGUGCGGCCCGAGGAAGUGUCGCAGGAGCACAUCGAGACCGCCUACCGCAUCUGGCUGGAGCCCUGUAUCCGUGGCGUGUGCAGUUGCAAUCACUGUGGCCGAGAGUCCAAGCUCUUAUCAAAGUUCUAUGAACUUGAGUUAAAUAUCCAAGGCCACAAGCAGCUAACAGAUUGUAUCUCAGAAUUUUUGAAGGAAGAAAAAUUAGAAGGAGACAACCGAUACUUUUGUGAGAAUUGUCAAAGCAAACAGAAUGCCACCAGAAAGAUUCGACUUCUGAGCCUUCCUUGCACUCUAAACUUGCAGCUAAUGCGUUUUGUCUUCGACAGGCAAACUGGACAUAAGAAGAAGCUGAACACCUACAUUGGCUUCUCAGAAAGUUUGGAUAUGGAGCCUUAUGUGGAACACAAAGGUGGGUCCUAUGUGUACGAGCUCAGUGCAGUCCUCAUCCACAGAGGAGUAAGUGCUUAUUCCGGCCACUACAUUGCCCAUGUGAAAGACCCACAGUCUGGUGAAUGGUAUAAGUUUAAUGAUGAAGACAUAGAAAAGAUGGAAGGGAAGAAAUUACAACUGGGGAUUGAGGAAGAUCUAGAACCUUCCAAGUCACAGACACGUAAGCCCAAGUGUGGCAAAGGAACUCACUGCUCUCGAAAUGCGUACAUGUUGGUGUAUCGACUACAAACCCAUGAGAAGCCUGGCAUGGCAGUCCAGGUUCCAGCUUUUCUGCAAGAGCUGGUAGAUCGAGAUAAUUCCAAAUUUGAGGAGUGGUGUAUUGAAAUGGCCGAGAUGCGCAAGCAAAGUGUGGAUAAAGGAAAAGCAAAACACGAGGAGGUGAAGGAGCUGUACCAAAGGUUACCUGCUGGAGCUGAGCCCUAUGAGUUUGUGUCUCUUGAAUGGCUGCAGAAGUGGUUGGAUGAGUCCACACCCACCAAGCCAAUUGAUAAUCAUGCUUGCCUAUGUUCCCAUGACAAGCUUCAUCCAGAUAAAAUAUCAAUUAUGAAGCGAAUUUCUGAGUAUGCAGCUGACAUUUUCUAUAGUAGAUAUGGAGGAGGUCCGAGGCUAACUGUAAAAGCCCUUUGUAAGGAAUGUGUUGUAGAACGUUGUCGUGUAUUGCGUCUGAAGAACCAGCUAAAUGAAGAUUACAAAACUGUAAAUAACCUACUGAAAGCAGCAGUGAAGAGCAAUGACGGAUUUUGGGUGGGAAAAUCGUCCUUGCGGAGUUGGCGCCAACUAGCACUUGAGCAGCUAGAUGAGCAAGAUGGCGACGCUGAGCAAAGCAACGGGAAAAUGAACGGCAGCUCCUUCAAUAAAGAUGAAUCAAAGGAAGAAAGAAAAGAUGAUGAGGAGGAGUUAAAUUUUAAUGAAGAUAUUCUGUGUCCUCAUGGAGAAUUAUGCAUUUCUGAAAAUGAGAGAAGAGUUGUUUCUCAAGAGGCUUGGAGCAAACUGCAACAAUAUUUCCCAAAAGCUCCUGAGUUUCCAAGUUAUAAAGAAUGCUGCUCUCAAUGCAAGAUUUUGGAACGGGAAGGAGAAGAAAAUGAAGCCUUACAUAAGAUGAUUGCAAAUGAGCAGAAAUCUUCUCUUCCAAACUUAUUCCAGGAUAAAAACAGACCAUGUCUCAGUAACUGGCCUGAGGGGACAGAUGUCCUGUACAUCGUGUCACAGUUCUUCGUAGAUGAAUGGCGGAAAUUUGUAAGAAAGCCUACAAGGUCUACUCCUGUGUCAUCGGUGGGAAACAGCGCCCUUCUGUGUCCCCAUGAGGGACUCAUGUUUACAUUUGCUUCCAUGACCAAAGAAGACUCAAAACAUGUAGCUCUCAUAUGGCCCAGCGAAUGGCAAAUGAUUCAGAAGCUCUUUGUUGUGGAUCAUGUUAUUAAGAUCACCAGAACUUCAGUGGGAGAUGCCAGCCCCUCAGAACCACAGUACAUUUCAGAGCCUAAACUCUGUCCAGAUUGCAGAGAAGGCCUGCUGUGCCAGCAGCAGAGAGACCUCCGAGAGUAUACCCAAGCCACCAUUUAUGUCCACAAAGUUGUGGACAAUAAAAAGGUGAUGAAGGACUCAGCUCCAGAGUUGAACGUGAGUAGUUCUGAGACUGAGGAGGACAAGGACGAAGCUAAGCCAGAUGGAGAAAAAGACCCGGAUUUUAAUCAGAGUAAUGGAGGCACUAAGCGGCAGAAGACCUCCCAUCAGAAUUACAUCGCCUACCAGAAGCAGGUCAUUCGUCGGAGCAUGCGGCAUAGGAAAGUCCGCGGGGAGAAAGCGCUUCUAGUUUCUGCUAACCAAACAUUAAAAGAAUUGAAAAUUCAGAUCAUGCAUGCAUUUUCAGUUGCUCCCUUUGACCAGAAUUUGUCAAUUGAUGGAAAGAUUUUAAAUGAUGACUGUGCCACCCUUGGUACCCUUGGAGUCAUUCCUGAAUCUGUCAUUUUACUAAAGGCUGACGAACCAAUCGCAGACUACGCUGCAAUGGAUGAUGUCCUGCAAGUUUGUAUGCCAGAAGAAGGGUUUAAAGGUACUGGUCUCCUUGGACAUUAAUCUUUGAACACUUGCUGACUGCUAAGAAGUGACCGGAAGGGAAGAGGAAUUUGACAUGCUAGGGCAUUAAAGAAAAGGUGGAUUUAAGAAAUAGACCAUCACAUGGCUCUUCCAAAAGGCAAAAAAAUCCAUUCAAAAGUGACUAUCCCAAAUGCCUUAUGUCAAAUAAAGCAGAUUGCACUGAUGGACAUAAGACUUGAAAGAAAUGUUUCAAAUUUUCUAUUUAAGGGGGAGGGGGUAGGAGGAUGAGGCCAGGCACAGAUGACCAAGUUGAGUAGCAGUAAAUCAUGUUUACGUAAGAGAUUGAUAGUCACGGGAGCCAAUCAAGUCCUGUUCUCCUUCCUGACUCGAGUUUCAUGCCAGAUGUCCUGGUCCAUAACGGAUUUGUAUCACAGCACAUGGGACAGCGUUCUACUCUGAACUAAACGUGAUUGUUGAUAGAGACAUAACCUGCUUACUGAAACCUGUCUCUGACCCAUACUCGACUUUCAAUAAAGCAUGAAAGUGAAGAACUUGUCAUCGUGGAACGUGUCUUCAGAGCUCCACUCCCUUCCAGGCCAGCUGCAGCACUGCCUGCUUCCCGCUCGCUACCCUGGCCUUUCAGUGUUGGGCUCAGGGGGCACCUGCGUGUCUUCCUCACCAAGCCAGGGAUUGUGUCUCAGUUUGGGCUUCAGAGGCUUUUUGUGGUACAUUUCAGAAAUGAUGGAGUGUUUCUUACAUGUGGUAACAGCUUCCUCCAGGAGGAGGAAAUCACAUACCCUUGCACAUUUGAAAAGUAUGACCACCUUACCAGAAGAGUAAGUUGGAACAACAAGGUCUUUAUAAAAAGUUGUUUUCUAUUUUCUAACUCUGCUCUUUCUUGAACCUCUUUAUGACAAGCAUUCUCCUGCAAUGAAUGCCCAAAGGAUCUUUUCAAUCACUUGGUCCAGAAGGGGUGGGGGAGAGUGCGUGGGUGGGGUGUGCCCUCUCAUUCAACUCAGGAUUAUCGUUAGCAGUGAAGAGUUAAGCAACGACCUUAAGAAUACUGAAGGAUUUUUAAAUGAGACUGUAAACGGGAUAUUUUCCCCUCUAUUAAGUGUAUGUAUGUAUACGUUUGUAGCUGAGAUGCUGACACAGGCAUCUCUCUUACAUAUUUUUUUCCUUGAGUGUCAGACUUUUUUUGUUUUUAAUCUAAACAAAUCCAUGUACAAGAAAGGCUGAUUUCAACUUGAGUACCUAGCAUUCCGUCUGAAUAGCUUUGUAAUAGUACUAGUGGCUGGUGAAAUUCUGACUUGGUGUUGGUGUCUCUCCUCUGUGUUUGCGGAGUGUCCUUGAGGAGGUGGAGGAGUCUAACGAGCCCUGUGCCAGCAGGGAGAGCUGUACCCACCACCUCCCCGGAGAACACUCUAGGAGCAGCUGCUCCUGCCACGGAUGGGUUCAGGGAAGGACUUAGCACCUAACGUCCAGAUGUGGCUCUACGUGGCUCUGCAGAAAUGAAGCUGGAGCCCAGCACAAAGCAGCUUCGUCUUUGCUAAGGCCAAGACUUGGGUAAAAGUUCACCAAGUGGUAAAUCACCAUUUUCCUUACCAUGGCACUUGCUGGAGGCCUGGGGGUUAUGGCUCAGAGACAAAGUGCUUAGCCAACAUAGCCUUGGCUCACCCAUCCUCAGUGCCACAGAGGAAAAAUGGGAACAGAGAAAGAACCUUGUUGGCCAAGGCAGGUUCUUGCUGGGGACUGAUAAAUGUGCCAGUAGUUCCAUAAGUCUAAUCUCUUAUCCCCAAGUUACAAUUAAUCCCAGUUUUAGGUGGCUUUUUUUUUUAACUUGGAUAUCAACCCUCCCCCUUUUUUUUUGUAUUAAAGAACAGCCUUUAAAUCUUCCAGACUGAUAAUGCUAUCCCUAUGAUUCAGGUGGGUUGGGCCCAAAUGAGCAGGUGGUACCCUCAGUCUCAGCAUGUUUUCUGACAACCUACCUGGUCUACCAAUGCCAGCUUUGCAGUGCAGCACUUUCAAGAGCUCAGGCCCCAGGCCUGCUGUAUCAGCAGCCCCCAAAAGCCACUCCGGUGCUCCGGGACACUCCGGGAGCCCUUGGGCAGGGCUGCUUCACUGCCCAUAGUUGGCCAAUCACAUAGAAUGCACACGUGUGCUUCACUGCCCCUCACGGUCUAAGGCCGGGUUCUUGUUCAGCUCGUAGGCUGUGUCCAGCUGUCUUGUAGAUUGGAACUGCGUAGAAGCCUAGGCUCUUGCUGGGUUCUAGUGCUGUAUGUAUGUGUGUUUCAUAGUUGAUAAAAUUAUGAGGCUUGAGUCCCCUCCCCUAUAUUUCGGAUUAUUCUUUAAUUCCAAGAAUCACCCCCCACACACACACAUGCAGACACACACCUCCUAUGCUGGAAGGGAUUGUUGCUAUGACCAGAAAUGUAGGCUACCCUUUGGAUGUCUUCAUUCCCUGGGGGAAGGGGGAAUAUCUUCUGUAUUUGUGAACUUUAUUGUUUAGAAUCACUGUUACCUUUCUGCCAAAUUAAAGACAUGCGUGUCCCUUUGUUUCUGUGGAA